AUGACCGGCACCGACUUCGAGGACAAGCGCAUUGAGUUCAAGGACUGGGCCACCUUGAAGCCCACCACGCCCCAUGGCCAGCUGCCCAUGAUGACCUUGACCCAGCCCGACGGCACCGAGACGAAGUUCGCGCAGUCCGUCGCCAUGAUGCGCUGGGUCGCCAGGAAGUUCGACUCCAGCAACACCCUCUACCCCGCAGAUGCAGAUGCCAUGCUGGAGAUUGAGGAGCUCAUCGGCCUGUCAGAGGAUAUGGCAAGGGCUUGGGCACCGGCCUUGUACAUGGGCAUGGGGCGGCACACGAGCUAUGGCUAUCCUGAGGACUGGGAUGACUGGCCUCAGAAGCAUGCGACGGUGAAGAAGUGGUUGCGUGAGGAGUUCCUCAAGGACUCCUUACCCAAGUUCAUGGAGUUCUUCACGAAGAAGCUGGAGAAGACGGGGACCUUCUUCUGUGGAGACCAGCCGACCAUCGCCGACCUGCAGAUCUUGGCGCAGCUCAGGUACUUCACGAAGGGCGUGGCAGAUCACGUACCGGCCGAUUGCCUGAAACCGUUCCCAGCCUCUUGGAAGAAUGUGGAUGCGCAGCGCCUUUUGGGGCCUGAUAGGGCAUCCUAA